GCACGAGCCAACGCCAAGGCCGCACGCCUGGAUCCUGAAAACCACAAGACGGUCCAAGAAAUACAGGCGGAGAAGCUUGAGAAGCAGGUUGCGGAGAAACUAAAGAUCGCGGAUACUCCCAAGAAACAACAAAAGCAACAGCAGGCAGCAAAUGAGGAGAGCGAUUUGGAUGAGGAUAAGGAUGAGGACGCUGGUAUGUCCGGCAUGACCUUUGAUCUGGAUGACAAAAGGACACAGGCGGCUUUGGUGGUUGAGGAAGCGCAGCCUACGGAGAUCAAGCCUAUGGCGGCUUCGGGCUCGAUAACCGAGCUGAGGCAGCGCCUGCAGGAGCGCAUUGACGCGCUGCUGGAGAAGCGCAUGACUCGGCGGAAGAAGUCCAAGGAAAUGCAGGCCAAGGCCAAAAAAUCCGGCAACCCCGCGCAAGAGCAAGUGCUCGGCAGCAAGACUCCCUCGGCACUCACCGACGCGCCAGGAGCCGGCAAGGGCAGCGGCAGCGGAGAAGUCAAGGAGAGCAUUUUCUUCGGCAAGCUUUCUGCGGAGCCACCAAGAAGAAGCCGACAGCAACUGAUUAAGGCCGAAGGCAAGAAGAAGGAGCUUGCGGAGCUUAAGAAGACCGAUUCAGCCAAGGCGGAUGUCAUCGAGGAGAAGGAUCGGUGGAGCAAGGCGCUGAACCAGGCCAAGGGCGAGAAGGUCCGCGAUGAUGCCACGCUGCUGCGCAAGACCGUCCGGCGCAUGGAGCAGAAGAAAUCCAAGAGUGCGCGCGAGUGGACUGACCGCAAGGAACACGUCGAUACGCGGAUGAAGGAGCGCACGCAGAAGCGCGAUGCUAACCUCAAGGCCCGCGUUGACACCAUCAAGAUGAAGAAGCAGGGCAAGUCGAAGAAGGCGAUCGAGCGCGUGCUUAAGGGCGGCAAGGCUGGCGGCAUUACAAAAAAGCCCGCGCUGGGGCCGCUGCCGGCGGCAAGCCCAAGUCGGGCGGAUUCAAGAAGGGCGCGGCUGGCGGGGCCAAGGCGCGGCCUGGAUUCGAGGGCAAGAAGGGUGGCAAGAAAGUGGAAGAUGGCUCCUUUGGCUCUUUACUCAUUUCCUCUUGUCUAA